AUGGCUGGUUAUUCCCUGGUUUGCUACCUACUGCAGGUGAAGGAUAGGCAUAAUGGGAACCUCUUAAUGGAUGAAGAAGGUCAUAUUAUACAUAUUGAUUUCGGCUUCAUGCUUUCUAAUUCACCUGGUGGUGUUAAUUUUGAAAGUGCUCCUUUCAAAUUAACCCGAGAGCUUCUUGAGGUCAUGGAUUCUGAUGCUGAGGGAAUUCCAAGCGAGUUCUUUGAUUAUUUCAAGGUUUUAUGCAUUCAAGGCUUCCUUACUUGCCGUAAGCAUGCUGAGCGUGUUAUUCUCCUGGUUGAGAUGUUGCAGUCAGUGGGAUGUGCACAUAGCAGAUGGCAGUUUUCUGACAUAAUCGCGGUAGUGAAGUUUGAUCGGACUCUGAUUUCCCCUGCUUUAAAGCAGCCUGGAUGCAUGGCGGACAAGGCAUAUUUGCAUUUACAAGUCAUUGGAAGGUGGUUGGUUCACUGUGAUACAGCUUUAGAGUUUUCUGAAAAUGAUUUUAGCGGGAAUACGUACCAGAUUUAUAUUGGAUGUGGACAUGAGUUCUGUGUAAACUGUUUGAUUGAUUCAUCAAAGUCUUGGGGUUGCGCUGCUGAGCACAUACUGACCUGGUAUCAUAUUGGAUAUCCGUUAUCAUGGGCAGACAUCAGUGGCCAAACUGCUCUGUUAUCUUUUCUGAUCUCAGCUGAUCAAUUGGCGUCAGUCUUCCCAAAGUUGAUUCUCCUAUGCUUAAACUGGAAAAUUAUUCUCAAAAUUCUUUGA